GUGCUUGCGAGGAAACGGGCGGUUUGUCGCCCCCGUGCGUUGCAAAGGCCGUUUUCGCAAACUCCGCAACGCGUUAAUCGCCAAAUGUUUAUAUUUUUUUAAUAAAUAUUAAACGUUCACUUUCCUCACGUUUGAGGAAAUCACCUUCAUCACUAUUGUUACUGCCGUCACCGCGGCUCUUAUCCGCGGUUUUUUUUAUUGUUAUUUCAUGCGCCGUAACCUAAAGAGGCAGGCAGGCCUUUUCAGCUCAUGGCGGAGUUUUUCGUUGCCUUCACCCCCUGAAGCGAGCGCGAGGUUCUGCCGAGCUGCAGGCGAUUAAUGAAUGAGCGCUAAUUAAAGGGGGCCGCUAAGAGUUGGAUUGCUCGGCUUAAUUGGUCUCGUCGUGGUUGUUUUAUUGGGGGGGGGGGGGGGUGAGCGGAUUUUAACUUGAAUCGACAUGUCCCGAUCACUCAGAAUCAAGAAAGCAGUUGAUUACACUCAGCCUAAGGACUUUGAAGACGAUGACGAUGAUUUCUCAUCGGCCUCUCUUCCGCCAAGCAAAAGAUCUCGGGUGGUGACCAAUUCUGACGAUGGAGAUGGCAACAAGGCAAAGAGAAAGCCUGAAAAGAGGGCCUUGAGCGCAACCAAGAAGUCCAGUCAAGACACGGCCUUGAACACAGCAGCAAAAACAGCAAGAGACGAAAGACCAUCCCUGGAUGAGCGUCUCUUUGAGAGGGACCUCAAGAAGGUCCUUGCCCUCGCUGGCGAUCAGGCGGAAAUCGCCGUGUCUUCGCAGGAGAGUUCACAGGAAGCCAUGGGCAGUGCCAACGUGAACACCGACGACGCACCCGACGACGAGACGGGCGAGUCCUCAGAGUCUGCUGGGGAGUCGGACAGCGAUGACAGGGACAACAAGAAGCCCGUCAGGAGGUCCAAGGCGCCCAGGACCACUGCUGCCGCCACCGCCGCGGACAGGAGAGGGACCAAAGCAGCCGUGGCCAGGGGCGGCAGAACAAAGGGCGCGGCACGUGGAGCCAGGGCGGAUGUUGGGCCAGAUCCUGCACCUCGACAAUCACCGAAACGCAGCCCCCCGCCUGUCCUCAAUAAAGCCAGUGUCACAGCUCGUGCCACGGCAUCGCGUAAACCCAAGUGGGUUCCUCCAGCUGCAGCGAGUAAAAACAAUGGCCUGUCACCGGGCACAACAAACCAAUCGCCAGGUCCGACCUUGCGUCUUGGCCUCUCGAAACGAGCCAAGCUGACGCCACUCCACCCCGGUUCUACGUGAGACUGCCACGGACCACCACGGCCCGCCACAGCCGCCAGCCACUGAUUCUUUCCACAUGCCAUGGACUGUCCCACAGUCAGCCAACUAAGCCAUUCCACUUGCCACGGUCUGCCACUGAUGCAUCGCCAAAUACCAAGCACUGCCACAGUCUGCCACUGAACCAUGGAUUUGUCUGGGACAAGCACUGACCCAUGCAACUGCCAAGUGCUACUACCACUGACAGCCCAAGUGCAACUCAACUUGCCAUUACUCAACAUAUACAAGACCUGCCAUGCCUCAAUAGGUAUGGUCUGCUGUAAGCUAACCUGACUUGCCACGAGUGCACUAUCUGCCUUACAAGCGACUGUAGAGAUUGCCACAGCCCGCAGUGAGGUGACUGCUAUCUGCCUGCAGCCACGGUCUAAAACGUGGCUGCGAGACUGACUUGAACCACCACCGAAGUCAACUUCACCUGCCAUGGCGUUUCCCUGGCUGCCCUGACAGCUGAAAUCUGAAGCACGGUUUAACAGUGAAAUCCCUUUAUUCCAUUUUAAUAGCACGUUUUUUUUAGCACGUGGUUGAAAAUCAUCUGAAUAACUUAGUUUUAAUGAUUUUUGUUCGAGUCUGUAGAGCAGUUUAGUUCUGAAUUUUGCAUACUGUUAUAUACCACGAGUAUUUGGUGUAAACUUUGACGCAAGACCGGUUAUAAUUCCGUAUGACGUCGCGAGAUAUUGCCUGGACUCUCACUCGGUUUCGGGAAACUAGAAAUGUUUUCAUCCUGGGCUCAUUGCACAACUCUCAACCCAUUGUCCUGAAAUUUAAAGAUGUGACCCAAAACUCAAACGGCUGUUAUCUUGCAGCUACAUACCGAGAUUGUGAUCCCAGGACACGCAGCCGAGGUAUGCGUCUGCAAGAGAAGAGCUACAGAUUUUCCUCGCAUUCCGUGGGUUCGGUUCGUGCGAUUUUGCGCUGUACAUGGGGCGAGCCUAUUUAUACCCAAAAUUCGUUAUAUGCGGUUUCAAUUCACUCAUGUGCAGCUGUGCGGUCGGACGUGGGAAACAUUGUGUGCGUGUACUGUACACGCUACUCGGCAGGGCAGCUGUAUCCUUGUGCGGUUUUGCUUUGUGUGCCCUUUUUUGGAACGCAUCUACUACUACUACCGCACAAAUCGAGGAAAACCUGUACUUGUUAUUUUUUACUUGCAUCUAGAAGGGUUUAGGGGUCUGGAUGCAAUGUGGCUUCGUGCUCCUUUACCACAAGACAUUCCAAACUCCUGCCCUCAGAAAUACAAUCCACGUUUUAAUAUACUGUAUACACAAAUAAGAUUAGUGCAGCAACAGGUAAAGGGUUUGUUUGUAUUUUCAUGGAGAAGACCGGCCAAUGUAUCAAGCUGGACUGUACAGGGGCCCGAGAUGUGGACUUUGAAUGUCGUAUCUUUUAUAAGACAUUGCAUAAGAAAACUGUAUUAUGUCAGUCUAUAUAAAGCAAUUCGGUUGAUUAAAAAAAACGGUUUUUAAUAUGGUUCGUGAGUGAAAAAGGAAAAUCUCGACGUCAGUGGCCUCAAACGGUUGUUGUGAUGGUAGUCAAGGCAGCUGUGGCUGAGACCUUGCUAAUGCUUUACCUAUGGUGAGUCGCCUCUCCGUGGAGCUGAUACGAUGUGCUGUGUGCUGGGCAUGUACAUUGUUCCAUCGAUUGACAUCGAUUAGGGUUACCUACAUCGAUUUCAGCGUUAUAAAAAUGUGUAACUGUUUACGUAAAUUACCUGGAAAUCAUAUACUCGUGGAAUUUUUGUCUAAUGGAACCAGCAAGACGUGACGGAAUACAAAAUACGAAACAGGAAAUAUAGUAAAUGAGUAUUCAAGCGACAAAAAAAUAACAAUUUCUUGAAUCAUAAUCAUAGCUCGAUUCCUGACAGUUCAUUAAAUGACUGGCAAGGUGAAUCGUACUUGAUACACACACAAACAUACUGGAUUACCGCUCCGUUUUCGGCUUGUCGUGCCCGCGAAAGAAGCUGUUUGCAUGGUUGCGUGAUUUCGUUUUCUUUUUCGUCGUGCUCAUUUGCUGUGAACGUGUGCGAAAUGGGCAACUAAAGCCACGUUGCAGAGUUCACCAUGGAAACGACAAACUAAUCAAAACUGUCAUUUUGUUGUUGCGUGGCACGAAGGAUGAGAAUCCACGAUCGCUCGCCAGUGUUUUGUCAGGCUUGGCCGCGUGUUGAUCGGCAUGAUGUCCGAUGUUUCACUGCACGUGGUACAAGCCGAAAACGCGCGAGAGAGCCACACAGCAGCAUAAUCGCGGAAACCUACAUUGCUCCCGCACAACUGCACAGAAAAGUGUGCGGGCAUGGGCAUAAAAUUGUCUUCUGAUAACACAAAAGAGAUUGAUGUUUCCAAGUGGUAUUUAUUUAAGUUGCGGCAACCUUGUACCUCCGUUAUAAUCGUACUUGUAAUCCGCCCAAUUGUAUAAUAAUUUAUUUACCCGAGGCAGCCUCAACGAAUCUUAAAGUGUUUGCUUUUUGAGGGUCCUACAUUGCAAUGUUUUGCUAUUUCAUGAAUAUUUUUUUGUCACGUGUGGAAGACGUUAACAGCUGAAAGUAUCAUCGUUUUCAUACGCUGUUAUGAUCCAAUGACCAAUGGUGUUGCGCAUAUCUGUGCUUGGAAGUCCAUGUCGCUCUGAAAUUCCACAUUCCCAUGGCAGGAUAGUGCGAAUGAUAACAGAGCCCUUCUAAAUCAUCACGUUCAGCCUGUAUGCCUGAAUUGUACUUGCAAAUCAUCCAUUGGCAUGCCAAAUAUUAACUUGACCGUUUACUGUACGGUUUCCUCUGUACUGCGACUACAUCUUAAAACGCUGUACACACAACACGGACGUGCACAUAGUGGGAACAUGAGACAGAUAUGGUUAUUUAGGCUGUAUUCAGUGAGAAUGGGAGAUGGAGGAGGAGGAGACGUCAGGGAAGAGAGGGUAAGAAGGCACUUCAUUGGGAAGUCAUGGACAGAAGAGAAGAGAGUGGCAUUCAGCCUGCACCUGAACACUUAAAUAUCACCAAAGCAGAAAAGUAUAAAUUCGACAUUUUCUGGAUAUGUUUGCAUCAUUUAUACUUUUGGGUCCCAGUAUACGCAGACUCCUCAAUGUUCAUAUACUCAGUGCCGUUUUCCGAAGGGGCCACACCCCUUGCUGUUUAGUUAAAUAAAUGCCGCUUGGGAAACAUUGGUCAGUCAGCUGGACGACUUGACAAACUCAACUUAGUUUCCUUUCAGCGACCGAAUCCCCUGAGCCCUUUAAUGUACUGUAUUAUCAAUUGUGUGAACAUCUUUAAAAGCAUGUUUUAUUAUCAAUGAAUAUAUUAAAUUACACAUGCGUCUUGUAAUGAAGAAGAGGUAUUUGUGAAUAAAACGUGUUUAUUGGC